ACCACAUCUGUUUAACCCCUCGUUGGCUGAUUAUUGCGUCCCUUUGCUCCACAUGACAUCAGGGCAAACUAGGUAGUCACGACCAGGCACUAUGGCUCAACAGCUUUAUGAGCAAUGGUUUCGCAUCGCGGAUGCGGAUAGGGAUGGGGCGGUUGGUGGUGCGGAAGCAGUAUCGUUCUUCACGCGGUCAGGACUCCCGCAAGCUGUCCUUGGACAGAUCUGGGAGCUGUCAUCAGGAGGAGCUGCAAAGCUUAACCAGUUCCAGUUCUCGUCGGCAAUGCGCCUGGUGGCAUUGGCCCAGGCUCAUGGCGGCCAGCUACCCAUCGAACAGGCGCGGGCCAUUAUCGCCGGCGUAGGCCCCAGUCUACCUCCUCCAUCCCUCCGAGGCCUGGAGCAGUCAGCCUCUCCCUCCCCGGUCCCCGGCAGCAGCCCCAGCCCCUACAGCGCUCAAAUUACAGGUCAAUCCAUCGCUGCCGUACCUCCACAGCCGUACAAUGCUCAAGUUACGGGUGGAAUCGUACCGCCGCCUCCGUCGUACACUACGCAGCCGACUGGCGGGGGCAUCGUACCGACGGUAUCGUACACCCCCCAGCAAACAGGCGGCUCCGCGGCGGCCAUGCCUGCGGGGGGCUACCCCGCACUGACGGCUCUGGAGCUCCAAAGGUUCCAAGCCAUGUUCGUACAGCUCGACACGGACCGGGAUGGCUACGUGACGGGCGCCGAGUGCUUCAACCUCUUCCUGCAGUCCGGGCUGGACAAGGCCGCCCUGCGCGACAUUUGGAACCUGGUGGCGGGCUCCGAGGGCCGCCUCACCGGACCGCAAUUCGUGGCCUACCUCUACCUCAUCGACUGCGUCAAACGCGGCCUGCCGCUGCCCCGCUACCUGCCGCCGGGACUAUCGGGAUUCCCGCCCCUCGCAUCCAGCACCCUGCCACCGCAGCAGCAGCAGCCAGCGGCGCCUUCCGGCGCCGCCGCCGCCGCUGGCGGCGGCUGGUCCCUGCAGUCCCAGUUCGGUACGAGCAGCAACAUCACCGCCGUACUGGCGGCGCCGCAGACCUCGCCCAUGGCGGCUCCGCCGCCGCCGGCUGCGCUGCCGCCACGAAUGGAGCUGUCGAGCGGCGAGCGGUUGGCGCCGCCGCCGUCAGCUGCUGCUGCGGCCGGGCCUGCCUCCCAGGUGCCUGUGGUGCCUGCGGGACUGCUGGCGGGGGUGUCCGCGAUGGACCGCGCUAAGCUCCAGGAAGAGCAGCAGGCCGCGGAGGCCCAGCAGCGCGCGCUGCAGACCGCCGAGGAGCGCAGUGCAGAGGCGCGUGCGCGGCAGGGUGCGCUGACGGCGGCGCUGCAGGAGCUCGUGGUGUUCCGCAAGCGGGCGGAGGUGGCGCUGCUGACCAGCCAGGACCAGGCGAGGAGGCUGGAGGAGGAGGUGGAGGCGAGCAGGAAGCGGUAUGAUGCGGCCUACGCCGCCGCCCAGGCUGCCAGCGAGAAGUCGGCGGCGGUGCAUGCGCACAUCCUGGAGCUGAUGGGGCAGAAGACGGAGCUGGAGGAGAAGAUGAGGAGGCUGGAGGGAGAGGCGGCUGCCGCCGAGCGCAUGGGCCCCGCUGACGUGGCCCGACUGGAGGGCGAGUUGGGGGAGCUGAGCAGCCGCUGUACGGCACUGGAGGCUGUGAGAAACGCCAAGAUGGCCAAGAUUGACGGCCUCCGCAGGCAGCACGAGGCGGCUCGCUCGCAGCUGGCGGCCCUGCAGGCGGCCGACCAGGACGCGGCGGCGGAGGUGGAGGGCUGCCAGAGCGCCCUGGAGACCUUGCAGGCGGAGCUGAAGCAGGCUCGGGCCGCAGGCGCUGUGGCUGCCGUACCCGGGCUGCUGUCGCGUGCUGCCGCUGUGUACCGCGGACUGUACGGACUAGCUCAGCGGGGCGGCGCUGUGGUGCCGUUCGAGGCCCUGCCCGCCACCCUUACUGGGCUUCAUGUGUGGGCGGAGGAGGUUGCGGCAGGCGUCCAGGACUGGGCGGACGACGACGCAGACGCACGCGGCUACGUCAUCGUCAACGCCCUCCCAGGAGCUGACGCGCCCCGGCCCAUCGUCAAGGCCGCACCAGCCCCCCCUGCACCGGCCCCUGCUGCCGCGGCUGCCGCCCCUGCUGCUGCCCAACCCGGCAAGCCAGCCGCACCAGCUGCCGCUGCUGCUGCUGCCCCCGCCGCUCCGGCUCCGGCUCCGGCCAUGCGGGGUGCGCUGCCGGGUGAGGAUUUCGCCGCGUGGGGGCAGCCUGCUGCUGCUGCCGCUGCCGCUAAGGCUUUUCCCAGUGACAGCGCAGGGUUUGGAGGUGCAGCGGCUUUCGAUGACCCGCCUGCAUUCGGCGACCCGCCGGCCUUUACUGCUGCGGGCAGCGGCGGCAGCGGCGGUGGCAGCGGACCAGCAGCCCCUGUUUCCGCAGCCAAGCCGACAAGCAGUGCUGGGUUUGACGUUGGGUUUGAAGACCCGCCGGCAUUCGGGGCCGCCGGUAAUGACGGCGCUACCACGAUCACUGCUCCUGCCGUUCCCGCGGCAGCUGUCUCGGCGGCGGCAGCCCCGUCGGGUCAGCACACCACCGCAGCAGCGGCCUUUGAUGACGAUGAUGCCUUUGGAGAGGCUGCCUUCGCAGCCCCCGCUGCCGCCCCGACAACCGCAACAGCAGCACCAGAGACAGCACCCGCAGCACCCGUUCCGAGCUUCGACCUGUCGGCUGCUGCUCCUGCGGCGUCUCCCGAACCUCGUUCCGGAAUCAACGGAACCUCAGCGUUCAGCGAUAUUGCCUUGGUGGCUCCCGUGGCGGCAGCGGAGGUGGCGGCGGCGGCGCCUGACGUCAUCACGACGCCACUCGCCGCCGCCGCGGCUGCUGCUGCUGCUGCUGCUGCACCCAGCGCCCAAGGCGCCUUCGGCUCGGGCUUUGUGUUUGUGGAGUCCCCUGCGUUUGCAACCGCCACAACGACCGCAGCAACAACAACAGCAGCUGCAUCGCCGCCGGCGCCGCCGCCAGCGGUGACGUCGACGGCGGGAGGAGGGCAUCCGGGUGGGGACGACGCCUUCGCCACAGCUCCGGCGAGGGUGGAGACCAGCAGCGGCCCAGCAGCAGCGACGGAAGCAGCAACAGCGGCGGAGGCGGGGUUGCUGCCGCAAGCGGAUAGCGGCGCCCUGGCGGACAACCCCUUCGCUACGGGUCGGGUUGCGGCGCCGCCGUCGUUCGGUACGGCAGCCUUUGGGUUUGGGGAGGAGGAUAACGCGUUUGUGGCGGAGCCGGCGCCGGCAGCGGCGGCCCAGUCGCGACCGGAGCAGCCGCAGCCGGCAGCAGCAGCUGGGAAGCCCACCCCCGCUGCUGCGGCGCCUGCUCCCGUGCUUGGCUUUGGGGAUGAGGACCCUUUUGGAGAGACGGAUAACCCGUUUGGGGCGCCAGCCUUCCCAACGCAGUAAGGUUAGGUUAUGCAGUGCAGGCGGCGGUUCGGUGUGGAGGCUGCCAGUGCUGUACAUCGGCUGCUAGUGCUGUACAGUGAGGAGAAUUGAGAGGGUUUGUGCGCAUGCUGGCAGCUACACAGCUACGCGGCGUUUGCAAGGGUGCCUUGCCCAUGCGCUGUAGCAUGGGCGCAAUGUAGCAUGGAGGUGUUCGGAGGUGUUUCCAGACGAGGAGAGAACGCUAGGGUACUCGACGUGCAUAUAGGACAUGUAGAUAUGGUAACUACGGUGUUUUGCUUGAACACGGAGACAAAAGCGGACGGCCUCGCUUAUUUACAGCAGGUUAACCUGCUAAUGCGUAGCUACGGUUAUAUGUCCAAGGUCCCAAGUUAUACAUAUUAUUGCCAAUGCCAAUUAACGCCGUGCUAUCCUUUCGUCGACGACUUCCUUUUCGCUUCAAGAGAAUUCGGUCAUCGUUUGGAGUCUCUGUAGCAAAAGUACUUGUACACAGACCUGAUGUGGCAGCUGAAACAGCAAAACGCAGGAUAUCACGUGGAAACAUACCGCUGGAGAUCUCUCUAUCUGGCUUCGAAUGGCCCCGGCUGGACGGCAAUACGGCAGCAGCCGUGUCAGAUCUGCGAUCAAAGGCAUGCGACCAAAUCACCACAUCACACAUGCAACCGCAGCACAUCUCGUUCUAGAUGCCG